UAACUACCACAUUCACAUGUUCCUGUGUGACGCCCGCUAUUAGCUAGCAUGUAGCGUUCGUAUUGUUUUUUGCUCCUAUCUUCCAUUGUGCUCACCUUAACUGACUUGUUUCUAGCCAUCGUAUUUCCCAGUUUUGUUUGAAAUGUGCCAUGUGUCUGAAAUCCUUUGGUACGCCGCCUAGGUUGCCGAGUAUGCUAGCAAAUGGAGUAUUUUGGCGUGAGGGAGCACAACACCUGCGAAAAGAAUAAUAGGGGAUUCGGUUCCUCACGGAAAAUCUGUAACUAGGAAAUGGCCUCUACAUCCCCUAGCAAUUUCUCCUGGGUGGACCAGGGGAAAGUGGCUGGACUGGCCCUCCCCCGGAUGACCGCAGAGUACCAGUUCCUGCUGGACAAUGGCAUCCGACACCUGGUGUGCCUGUGCGAGCGCAAGCCGCCCAAUUAUGACACAUGUCCUCAAUUAAACCUGCAUCACAUCAAGAUCACCGACUUCACGCCCCCCACACAGGAGCAGAUCGAUAAAUUCCUCAACAUUGUGGAAGAGGCCAAUUCCAAGGGAGAGGGCGUUGCUGUCCACUGCAUGCACGGUCACGGACGAACAGGUACCAUGCUGGCCUGUUACCUGGUCAAGACGAGGAAAAUGUCCGGCAUUGACGCCAUCCAAGAGAUCCGACGACUUCGCUCGGGCUCCAUCGAAACCCACGACCAAGAAAAGGCAGUGGUACAGUUUUAUCAACGUGUUAAAUAAACAGUAGGGAGAUCUGAAAAUCACACUAUAGAAGUAAAUCUGUGCCGCAGAGUUUGAAUAUGAAUUUGUAACACUGAAUUUGUCACCAUCGAAAUUCGGUCGCAAUAAUUCAGUUACCAAAAUGUAGUAGUGAAAAAUUCAGUUGCAAAAAGUUCAGUCGCCAAAUUUUAGUAGCUAAAAAUUGGCAGAAAGUUAGUACCAUAUCAUAUUGCUUGGCAGAAAAUUGCAAAUAAAAUCUUCGAAUAAUCGGUGAAAAGAAAUCAACAAUGAUGUACAAGAAUUCAACUCUUUAUUAUUUAAGUAUACCGUUGAGAUUUAAAUGUGAUCAAGUCAAAAAGACAUAAAAUUAUACUAAAAUCAAAUGAAAGGGUGACCCUAAUCAUUAGGUUCUAACCCUAACUUAAGGUUAAACAAUAUGUUCUGUAUCAUAUUAUUAUAUGGACAUUUCAUCUGCCGUGAUUUAUGCAUUGGAUGCCAGAGAGAAGAGACGCUGGCGUUCCUUGAAUGGCAGCUUCUCGGGAGCUGGCAUCCUCCGCGUUUUGUCUUCCCGGCGCCUGUGGAUCAAUACUGUUUUCAUUAGGGGGAACAUAAAACAGAGACUCAAGUUCUCAGGGAUUUGUAAGGUGUCCUCGUUCUCUCUUUUUGAGGAUUGAGGCAUUACUAGAAGCAAGGAGUAAUGAUUAGUUUUUCUUUGGACUCACUCUGUAAACACCAUAUCAUCUUGUUGCCGUCCACUUAAGAUGUGAUCUGCCCCAAAGAAAGACAAUAAAGUCAAAUUGUGAAUGAGACGCAAGCUCAAAGUGUUCUGAAUCAAAACUGCUGAAGCAAAGUACCAGUUUUUUCAUCUUUUGGAGUGGAAAGACUUUUAGACUGCUCUUUCAAAUCGCCGUUUGCAUUCCCUGGUGUGUGUGUCUUUUUCUGCAAGAAAUAAACAUAUUUAUUCUUUGGUACAUAAAUGUGGAUCA